AGAAGAAGGAAAGAAGAGCGGAACGGAGGAGAGGGGGCGCUGGAAGGAGGAGGCAGGCGGGGACCCGGCUCUGCUGGAUGCUGGAUUUUCGGACUCUGGUUGACUCUCUCCCGCUCUCCGGCACCGGACUGUGAGAGACACGUACCCGCGCCCGGCAGCAGCGGCCGGGGGCUCCGCUCGUAGCUGCUGCAGCCGCUGCUGCUUCUGCGGGGCUUGGAUUAAAUUGGCCGCCUCGGAGCCGAGUGUAAGCAGCGGGAGGAGGUGGCGGCGGCGGGAAGUGGCGGCGGCGGCGGAGGGCGGGCAGGCGGCGGCGCUGGCUGCUGCUGGGACCGGGAAAGCCAGCAUGACCAGGCUCUGAAAAUAUUUCAUCUGAAAUUUCAGACCGGACAGACUCGCAGUGGCUUCUAAGCCAGUGAGAUUGAGGCUGCCAAAGCAUGCAGGUGCCAAGCUGUCGGAUGAUGCACGUAGUCAGGCCAGUGGUGGUGCUCCUGUGCUUGCUACUCUAUGCUGAUGCUGAAACACCACCAAAGUUUACAAGAACACCUGUCGACCAGACAGGGGUUUCUGGAGGAGUCGCCUCAUUCAUCUGUCAAGCCACAGGAGACCCAAGACCUAAAAUUGUCUGGAACAAAAAGGGAAAGAAAGUCAGCAAUCAGAGAUUUGAGGUAGUAAUAGAGUUUGAUGAUGGAUCUGGAUCAGUUCUCAGAAUACAACCACUGCGCACGCCACGAGAUGAAGCUAUUUAUGAAUGUGUGGCUUCUAACAGCGUUGGUGAAAUAAGUGUGUCCACGAGACUCACAGUUUUACGUGAGGAUCAAAUUCCCCGAGGUUUCCCUACCAUUGAUAUGGGUCCACAGCUGAAGGUGGUUGAACGGACUCGUACAGCAACCAUGUUAUGUGCAGCAAGUGGCAAUCCUGAUCCUGAAAUAACUUGGUUCAAAGAUUUCUUACCUGUUGACACAAGCAACAACAAUGGACGCAUCAAGCAGUUACGAUCAGAAUCUAUUGGUGGUACACCAAUAAGAGGUGCUCUCCAAAUUGAACUGAGUGAAGAAUCUGACCAAGGCAAAUAUGAGUGUGUUGCAACCAACAGUGCGGGUACCCGCUAUUCUGCCCCUGCCAAUCUAUAUGUCAGAGAGCUGCGAGAAGUUCGACGAGUCCCACCGAGGUUCUCUAUUCCCCCCACCAAUCAUGAGAUUAUGCCUGGCGGGAGUGUAAAUAUCACGUGUGUUGCGGUGGGGUCACCAAUGCCAUAUGUGAAAUGGAUGCUAGGAGCAGAAGAUUUGACACCUGAGGAUGAUAUGCCAAUAGGGAGGAACGUCCUUGAGCUUAAUGAUGUCAGGCAGUCUGCAAACUAUACUUGUGUUGCUAUGUCUACCCUUGGUGUUAUAGAAGCAAUAGCGCAGAUAACUGUCAAAGCCUUACCCAGACCUCCUGGAACACCUGUGGUGACAGAAAGCACAGCAACAAGCAUAACAUUGACUUGGGAUUCUGGAAACCCUGAACCAGUUUCUUACUACAUAAUCCAACAUAAACCCAAAAACUCUGAGGAGUCAUAUAAGGAAAUUGAUGGGGUUGCCACAACACGCUAUAGUGUGGCUGGCCUAAGCCCAUAUUCAGAGUAUGAAUUUCGGGUAGUUGCUGUAAAUAACAUUGGGCGAGGGCCACCCAGUGAACCUGUGUCAACAAGAACUUCAGAACAAGCACCUUCAAGUGCACCACGCAAUGUACAGGCCCGUAUGUUGAGCUCUACCACCAUUUUGGUACAAUGGGAAGAACCCGAGGAACCUAAUGGACAAAUACAAGGUUACAGAGUUUAUUACACCAUGGAUCCUACUCAACAUGUCAACAGCUGGAUGAAACACAAUGUGGCUGACAGUCAUAUUACCACUAUUGGGAAUCUGGUGCCCCAGAAAACAUACUCUGUGAAGGUUCUUGCUUUUACUUCUGUUGGGGAUGGACCGCUUUCUAGUGACAUUCAAGUCAUCACUCAAACAGGAGUGCCUGGUCAGCCGUUGAACUUCAAGGCAGAACCUGAGUCUGAAACGAGCAUAUUACUUUCCUGGACGCCUCCACGCUCUGAUACUAUUUCCAGCUAUGAACUAGUUUACAAAGAUGGGGAGCAUGGGGAAGAGCAACGGGUUUCCACUGAGCCUACCACAUCUUACCGCCUGCAAGGCCUGAAGCCAAACAGCUUGUACUUGUUUCGUCUAGCUGCACGUUCUCCACAAGGUUUGGGUGCUUCAACAGCAGAAAUCUCAGCAAGAACCAUGCAGUCAAAGCCAUCAGCUCCUCCUCAAGACAUUAGUUGCACAAGCCCCAGCUCCACUAGUAUUUUGGUAAGUUGGAAACCUCCACCAGUGGAAAAACAGAACGGCAUUAUCACAAAAUACUCCAUCAAGUACAUUGGGAUUGAUGGAGAAGAUGUCAAACCCCAUGAAAUUUUGGGAAUUUCCUCGGACAGUACCCAAUACCUUUUGGAACAGCUGGAAAAAUGGACUGAGUACCGGAUCUCUGUGACUGCCCACACUGAUGUUGGACCUGGCCCAGAGAGCUUAGCAGUAUUGAUUCGGACAGAUGAAGAUGUUCCUAGUGGUCCUCCUCGCAAAGUCGAGGUAGAGGCUGUCAACUCUACUGCUGUUAAAGUGUCAUGGCGUUCACCUGUACCCAAUAAACAACAUGGACAGAUCAGAGGAUACCAGGUCCACUAUGUAAGAAUGGAAAAUGGAGAACCAAAGGGUCAGCCUAUGCUGAAAGACAUCAUGCUGGCUGAUGCACAGUGGGAAUAUGAUGAUACUACUGAACAUGAAAUGAUAAUUUCUGGUCUUCAGCCUGAAACGACAUACUCCUUCACUGUGACAGCCUACACAACAAAAGGUGAUGGAGCACGCAGCAAGCCCAAACUUGUAUCUACUACGGGUGCAGUUCCAGGCAAACCUCGGCUUGUGAUUAGCCACACACAGAUGAACACAGCUCUAAUUCAGUGGCACCCUCCUGUGGACACCUUUGGGCCGCUACAGGGUUACCGCCUGAAGUUUGGUCGCAAGGAUGUGGAUACAUUUACAACCAUGGAGUUCUCAGACAAGGAAGAUCACUUCACAGCCACAGACAUUCAUAAAGGAGCUUCCUAUGUCUUCAGGCUCUCAGCUAGAAAUAAAGUGGGCUUUGGGGAGGAGAUGGUUAAAGAGAUAUCUGUUCCUGAAGAGGUACCCAGUGGAUUUCCCCAAAAUCUCCACUCAGAAAGCUCUACUUCUACGUCAGUUCAAUUAACUUGGCAGAUGCCACUCUUGGCAGAGAGAAAUGGCAUUAUCACCAAAUACACCAUCUUGUACAAAGAUAUCAAUGUCGCUUACCAGCCAGUUGAACUCCCUGUUGUUCCUGCCGAUACCUCUAUGACACUUUCUGGCUUAAAACCAGAUACCACAUAUGAUGUUAAAGUACGUGCCCACACAAGCAAAGGGCCUGGUCCAUAUAGUCCAAGUGUCCAGUUCAGGACACUACCUGUGGAUCAAGCAGUGUUUGCAAAAAAUUUUCAUGUUAAAGCAGUAAUGAAGACUGCCGUUUUGUUGUCUUGGGAGAUUCCAGAAAACUACAAUUCAGCCUUGCCUUUCAAAAUCCUUUAUGAUGACGGCAAAAUGGUGGUGGAGGUUGAUGGACGUGCUACUCAAAAGCUGAUCACUAAUUUGAAGCCAGAGACAUCGUAUUCAUUUGUGCUGACAAACAGAGGGAAUAGUGCUGGAGGUCUUCAACACAGAGUGACAGCAAAGACUGCACCAGACGUGCUUCGUACCAAGCCAGUCUUCAUCGGAAAGACCAACUUAGAUGGCAUGAUAACUGUGGAACUUCCAGAAGUACCAUCAAAUGAGAAUAUAAAAGGGUAUUACAUAGUUAUUGUGCCUUUGAAGAGGUCUCGUGGAAAAUUUAUCAAGCAGUGGGAAAGUCCAGAUGAAAUGGAACUAGAUGAGCUGCUUAAGGAGAUAGCUAGGAAACGCAGAAGCAUUCGUUUUGGGAGGGAAGUCGAGCUAAAGCCAUAUAUUGCAGCUCACUUUGAAGUUCUUCCCACGGAAUUCACGUUGGGGGAUAAGAAGCAUUAUGGUGGCUUUGAGAAUAAGCAACUGCAAAGUGGUCAAGAAUAUGUCUUCUUUGUCUUGGCUGUAAUGGAGCACUCAGAAUCUACCAUGUAUGCAACCAGCCCAUAUUCCGAUCCUGUUGUGUCAAUGGAUCUUGAUCCUCAACCAAUUACAGAUGAGGAAGAAGGCUUGAUCUGGGUUGUAGGACCAGUUCUUGCGGUGGUGUUUAUUAUCUGUAUUGUUAUAGCUAUACUUCUUUAUAAAAGCAGUAAACCUGACAGGAAGAGGGCUGAAUCUGAUUCUAGAAAGAGCAGCAUUCCCAACAGCAAGGAGGUACCUUCUCACCAUCCCACAGACCCAGUGGAGCUACGACGCCUUAAUUUUCAAACUCCAGCUUUGAGCAGUAAUUCAGUCCCCUACGCCUCCCUGAUUGGCUCUGUGUCCUCCCUCUCUAGCCAAACUACCACUCAGUCCUUAUAUGAUAAUAACUCUCUCCCACGAUUCGCUCGAAAAGGUAUGGCCAGUCACCCUCCAAUACCUAUCUUGGAACUUGCAGAUCACAUUGAAAGACUGAAAGCAAAUGACAAUUUGAAGUUCUCACAGGAGUAUGAGUCAAUUGAUCCUGGUCAGCAGUUUACAUGGGAACACUCUAACCUGGAAGUAAACAAACCAAAGAAUAGAUAUGCAAAUGUAAUUGCAUAUGACCAUUCUCGUGUUCUACUCUCUGCAAUAGAAGGCAUACCAGGCAGUGACUACAUCAAUGCCAACUACAUAGAUGGAUACAGAAAGCAGAAUGCAUAUAUAGCAACACAAGGGGCAUUGCCAGAAACCUUUGGAGACUUCUGGAGAAUGAUGUGGGAGCAACGGGGUGCAACUGUCGUCAUGAUGACAAAACUGGAGGAGAGGUCCAGGGUGAAAUGUGAUCAGUACUGGCCAAGCAGAGGCACAGAAACUUAUGGACUGAUCCAAGUGACCCUUUUAGACACUGUUGAAUUGGCAACAUACUGUGUUCGUACAUUUGCACUUUACAAGAAUGGCUCAAGUGAGAAAAGGGAAGUGAGGCAAUUCCAGUUCACUGCCUGGCCUGACCAUGGUGUCCCAGAACACCCAACACCAUUCUUAGCUUUCUUGCGACGAGUCAAGACCUGUAAUCCGCCUGAUGCUGGACCUAUGGUCGUGCAUUGCAGUGCUGGAGUCGGCAGGACUGGCUGUUUCAUUGUAAUAGAUGCGAUGUUAGAGAGAAUAAAGCAUGAAAAGACUGUAGAUAUUUAUGGCCACGUAACUCUAAUGAGAGCGCAGAGGAAUUACAUGGUUCAGACUGAGGACCAAUACAUCUUUAUCCACGAUGCACUGCUGGAAGCAGUGACAUGUGGAAAUACCGAAGUGCCAGCCAGAAACCUAUAUGCAUAUAUUCAGAAGCUGACACAGAUAGAAACAGGAGAGAAUGUCACAGGAAUGGAGCUGGAAUUUAAGCGUCUUGCUAGCUCUAAGGCUCAUACUUCAAGAUUCAUCAGUGCCAAUCUUCCUUGUAAUAAAUUCAAGAAUCGCCUCGUCAAUAUUAUGCCAUAUGAGUCUACAAGGGUAUGCUUGCAGCCAAUCCGAGGAGUAGAAGGGUCUGAUUAUAUUAAUGCCAGUUUCAUUGAUGGAUACAGACAACAAAAAGCUUACAUAGCUACACAGGGUCCAUUGGCAGAAACCACUGAAGAUUUCUGGAGAAUGCUCUGGGAGCAUAAUUCUACAAUUGUGGUCAUGCUCACUAAGCUACGAGAAAUGGGCAGAGAAAAAUGCCACCAGUAUUGGCCUGCAGAGCGUUCAGCCAGAUAUCAGUAUUUUGUGGUGGAUCCAAUGGCAGAGUACAACAUGCCACAGUAUAUUUUACGGGAAUUCAAGGUUACAGAUGCAAGGGAUGGCCAGUCCCGAACAGUGAGGCAGUUCCAAUUCACAGACUGGCCAGAACAAGGAGUGCCAAAGUCUGGAGAAGGAUUUAUUGACUUCAUAGGUCAAGUGCAUAAAACAAAGGAGCAGUUUGGUCAGGAUGGACCAAUCUCUGUUCACUGCAGUGCGGGUGUUGGAAGGACUGGAGUAUUCAUAACCCUGAGCAUUGUGUUAGAAAGAAUGAGAUAUGAAGGUGUUGUAGAUAUCUUCCAGACUGUCAAAAUGUUAAGGACGCAGCGGCCAGCCAUGGUACAGACAGAGGAUCAAUACCAAUUCUGCUAUCGAGCCGCAUUGGAAUAUCUGGGAAGCUUUGAUCACUAUGCAACAUAAAAACCCAGCGUGGAUUUUUAUUGCAGGCCCUUUAAGAUCCAGAGAGCCGCUUCUGAGCCAUACAAUGUGCUUUAGAAGUACUUCUAAACUCUUAGCUAUGGAGCGAUUAUUGGGGAUAUAUAAAAUAAAAACAAACAAAAAUAUUGGGGAUAUAUUAAAGAAAAAAGAAAACAAAAACAACUAUUCCAUGUGGACCAAGAAUUCACAAUUUAAUAACCUAACCAUACUAAAAGAAUCCCAACCACUGAGGCGUCUGAAAGAUCUCAUUUACAGAUAUCUCAAGGGUUUGACAUUGGUUGAAGUCAAAGGGAAGACUUCAGGAAAGAGGAAUUCAUUGGAAAGAAUGAUCAUCUUGUUCAGGAUUGCAUGCUUGUUGCAAAGAGGAAUUUUGAGAGAACUGCAAUUCAGUGCAAGAUGUUUGUUGGAAGGUCAGGUCCUGGCUUCUAAAACAAAGUGGACUCCUUACUUCAACAGCACCCCUUCCCAUCAUAUUGCUCAUGAUAACACUUUAGGGAAAAUGUGGGAAUGUUUAAAAAGAAAGUCCUUGAUUUAGUUUUUUAGUAUUGUAAAGAUACUGCUGACCUGUGCUUCAUUUUUAAAUGUGUAAACUUUUUCCUUUUUUUUUUUUAAAAAAACAAGUUUAUCAUUCAAUGAAGUGAAUUAAAGAAAAAGUUACAUAACUGUUCAUUUUUUUUUGUUUGUUUAAAAACUGUAGAUUUUUUAAGCUGUAGAACUGUUAUCUGUAAUAAUCGUGCUGUAGAAAUGUUAAAUAAUUUGAAAAUUUGCACAUUUUUGUGCAGUCCUAUAUUUAUCUACAGUACCACAGUCUUGUUAGAUAUUACUUUGAAAGUUUUGUUUGUUUUAUUUUUCUUUAAGAUAAUAUUCAUUGUAAUCGGUUAAAUCAAACUGUUUUUUUUUUUUGUUUGUUUGUUUGUUUUCUUUCGGAAUCAACAGGGAGGCGCAAAGUAUAAAGAUGCUGCUACCACACUCACAUGCACGCACACACAUGUACAUGCACAUGCACACCCACACCCACACCCUCUCUCUUUAUAUAUAUAUAAGUAUAUGUAUGUAUUACUGUCAAUCCAUAUCUAGCUCUCUGUAUAGUUACAGAGUUACAGGCACGUAGGUACAUGAACACACAGGUACACACACAUAAACAUACCAGUUCUUCCACAGCCUGGAUUUAUCAAGGUGGUAGAAAAGUUUCUCAACCUACUACAAUAUAUUAUGCUAGUAUUUAAUCAUCUCUGCAUUUCCAAGGUCCAUAAACUUCUGUUUCAAAGGGAAAUGAGGAAUGCACAUCAUUGAUAUUUGAACAUCAUCUCUAUCCCAAAUAUUUUUUCUCUCCACAUCGCCACUUGAACAUGCAGACAUCACACAUGCACACACAUGCGCGCACACAUGAACACAUGCACACACACACAGAGUAUGUGAUUUAGACUUCCAGUGAAGUUCAAUAUUUGUAACACUAUAGUGCAAUAAGAGAUCAUAUUAUUAAUUGUAGGAGGUGUGCAUGUGGGAAAGGUCAGUGCAUAUAACUUUAGGAGGGGAGAAUGUUGUAAUAUACUAGGUAUUAAGAUGUUUUAAAAUUGUAUUCAAUAGUAUACUGUCUAUAGUGUGUGCUAUAUAAUUUACGUUUAUCGUAUGUAACAGGGCAAAGCCAAACACACGUUGCUCUGUGAAAUCAACAGUUUUGUGGCAUACAGCAUUGUUUGGGAAUGCUGUUUUUUAUUUUAAUUUUACAUUUAUAGUGCCUUAUAUUUGAUGCCUAUUUUGAAUAGCAUUUCUUUAAGUUAGCCUUCAUUGUAUUUACUUCAGUUUGUUCAUAUCUGUUAUUCUUUUCAAACAUUUUAAUACAUGUAUCAAACAAUUUUGAAUAAUAUGCAUUCCCAGUUUCUAAUCAAGUAUGGAUGAUAAUAAAUGAUAACGCAAAACAUGUAGGUAGUCAAGGCCCUUUAUCUUUUCGUAUUUCCAAUAACAGACCAGCCCACAACUUAGAUAUCUAUUUCUGGUUGGCUUUUCAAACCCAUUGUGUCACUGGUUAUAGUGUUAUCAUUGUAGAGAUGUAUCAGUACCCUAGCAAUUGUCGACGUCAGCAGUGCUUAUGUAUUGAUGUUUUCUUUCAACUUUGGACUAACUUCUGCUCGUUCAUGUGUUAACAGAUUGCUAAAAUCAAACCAUUGCUUUCAUAAGGCUAGCAAGAUUGAGCUGGCAGGAUGUAUUUUUGAGAAUGAUGCUACAUUUUCUUCCAGGUGACAAAGAAUAUUAUUAAAACAGCAAAAAGUACCUUUUGCCACUCUUAAUGGGAUGCCAUUUGCAUUGACAUCAAGUCUUGUGCUAUCAUCAGUAUAUGAGUAUCAAAGGAAUUCUUUGGGUCUUCAGAUAGAAACAUUGGUAUGGCAUGUGACCUCAACUUUUCUUCUUCUUCCACGUUUCCCACUGUUAGGAGAAAGAAAAAUACAAAAGACCAAUCUCUAGCAAACAUUGUAUUUGAUCACUUUUGUAAAGAAACAAACAAACAACAACAACAACAACAACAAACACACAUACACAAAUAUAUAUAUAUAUAUAUAUAUAAUAUACAUAUGAAUCAAAAAAAUAUAUAGAAGGCUACCUCAGGAUGAGAUUCUAUAACUUACAUCUGAACCAGAGAAGAAUGUGCACUAUGUUUCUUUUUCUUCUUUCUUGAUUUGUACUUUUAGCUAAUUAGUGAAGUGCCAGGUUACGUGGUGUGGUAAUGUUCUUCAGCUUAAAUCAGAAAACAUAAAAAUCAAAAAGAGCAUAAUUUUGGAAACAUAGCCUAGGGAAGAUUUUUGCAUAUUGCAUCUGUAAAAAGAUCAGAGCUUUCUCCCUAGCAGGCUAUCUUGCAAGCUCCAAAGUAAAGGGGAGAUUAAAAAAUUAAUUAAUUAAUUGAAAUCUGAUUUUUAAGGGGAACUGUUGUACAACAAUAUUCCUUUUAGUUUUUAUGUUGCUUAAGAUAACUCUUAGCAUCAUUGAUGUGCAUUCCACUUUCUGUAAUCUUAUAUAUUGUCACUCUGCGGUUAAUUUUAAUGGUAAGCAUCUUUGUCUACAUAUAUCAUACAUUUCUAAGCUUAGAAUUGGUUUCAUCAACAUAACCAGUACGGUGCUAUUUAUGUUUGUAUGUGUAGUUAUGUCUAAUUUUGUUAUUAACUGCAAUGGGCAAAAAAAGGCAAAAUAUAUAAAAAUGAUUUAUACAGAAGUUUAAUUUCUUUCUCUCUCUCUCUCUCUGUUUCUCUCUCUCUCACUCACUCACUCUAAGUGAUUUGAGUUGUUAGAAAUUGGAGAGGACAGCUGGGGAAAGGGAGGGGCCCUCUAGGGAGAUUUGCACUUUCUAUACCUUUGUACUAUGCACUGCCCUAUUGAUUCUACAUCCAACAAUGUUAUUACUUGAACCCAUCUGUAAGAAACUGCUUAUGAAAUCCACUUAUAUUGUAUUUAAAUGACAGAGAACAUGUUAAAGCAAAAAAAAAAAAAAGUUUGCAAUGACAAAAAAAAUGCAUGUUUUUCUUUCCCUUUUUCCCUUUUUUUUUUUUUCCUUUUCUUUUUCCUUUUUUUCCUUUUCUUUCUUUUCUUUUGUGCCCUGAUAAUCCACAAAUAUCAGAAGGCUGCAGGUCUCAUCAUAACUAUCUGUUCUGUGGCUUUGCCAUUCAAGCUUGGAGUGUCUUUACAGAGAUAAUAAAAAAAAAAAAUGUGUUAUUUGCUCUUGUUUUGGAUGCAUAGAUUGAAAAAUUAAAAAAAAAAAAAAAAAAAAAAAACUUGUAAAAUGGCUUGUUAAAAAGAUACAAUUACCUCUAAUUAGUAGUACGCGUAAAUGUUUUACAGAAUGAAAGGCGUGCUUUUUAUUUUCUUACUUCGUUACAUUGGUGGCGAAAGAGAAUCUGUAUGAAAAUCAGUUCUUUGCUGACACAAGUUCCAUUUGUUACAAAUGAAUUCUAAUAAAAUGUCAGUGUUAUGCA